AACACAAUGAGAAACUUGGUAAGUUAUCAGGCAAAGAAAAACCUUGUUUAACUAAACAUGGUUUUGUGUGAAUGCAGCAUUUAGUCUUCAAAAAUACAUAGAUCUAGGGAAAGACAAAUUAAGGGGAAAGACGAGCUUGUCGGUGAGGUUUCAAGGAAUCGGAAGAUAUAGUAUUGUAAAUAGGUUUAUAAUCGAACUUGGUAACACCGCUACCUUAUCGUCGUCUUUCGUAUGUCUUGGCAACGACUUGGUCGAUGGCUUAUUGGGUAGGUCCUUCUUUCUCUCUUCCGCCCGGUGCGCUCGAUCACAUACAUACUUCUCCUCGAUCAUAGCUCAAGGAUCCAUCUAAAAAAGUUGUCAAAGUAAGUCACGUGAAAGUUAUAAACAGAAGAACGUUUGAUCACAACAUAAACGGCGUCCCUGUUAUUGAUCUUUCAUAGCUGCAAAGCAUCACGGGUAAAACAGGACCGCUCAGACUCAUGGGGGACAAAAUGGCGGGAUCUUCGAAGUGUGUUUGUUGAUGUUUAUCUGUUUAUGGUUGUGUAACAAUGUAAACUUCAAUCGUUUUAGCUGAUACAUAGCCUAGCUAGAGGUAUGGAGAGCCAGAGGUUGCUUGAGCGACUAGGAAAAGCUUUGAAAGACGACAUUGGAGGAUUACAAGCGCGACUGGAAGGGGUGCAGAGUCUUAAUGAGGACCUCCGGAAAUCAAAUGAAAAAAUGAUGCAGAAUUUAGAAAGCUGUAAUGCCAAGAUUGGAGCUCUUGAAAAGGACAACCAGUAUUUGAAUGCAAAGAUUAAGAGGAAACAAGAAGAGAUGCAUCGUAAAGACUUGUGGUGGGACAAAUACAGAAACACAGCCGAGGUCAUGAUAAAAAGAUUGAGGACUCUUGGGACGUUCCCUGCAGGAGUGCUCCAUGAGUUGAGUAGAGAUCUAGUGGACAUCAUGGAGGAGUCAUCAGAGCUAUUGUCCUGCACCAUGCAAGAAAAUGAAGGCAAAAAGAUGAGGUUAUCAACAUCCAAAGGCCAAAAGAAAAUCAGAUACUCAGAGGUUUCACCUGAAGGCAGAACAAGCAGCCAAUCAUCAAGGGACAGACAGAGUAGCCAUGGUAACCACAGUAGUCAAGGAUACAAUGGCAAGAGAUCUCUUGGUUCCAAGGACAAGGUUAACUCACCAGCUGCAAGAAUCAGUCACAAUAAAUCAAACUCUAUCAAUACAAACAAAUCCAACAACCCAGCUCGACAGAGAUCAGAAGCAUCUGAUGAUGCAGAAUUUGACUGCCUGACAAGUACACCAAUGGUCUCAAGCCAGGCACCAGCACCAGUGAUCGAUCUUCCAGAUUUCAGUAUGAUAACAGAUGGUGCCAGUAGUUCCAAGGAUAGGAAGUACGUCUCACACAGUCUUCCUGUGUCGGACUCACAGUUCCCAAUAGACUUGACCCAUACCCAGCCGCCAUCACCCACUAUUCCCAGCAAGGCCGAGUCUGUAUUCAGGGAUUCCACGGACACUCUGCUGUCAACGGAUCAAUCAACUAUGGUUUCUGAACAGAAGGGGGCAGGAGUGGAAAGUGAAAAGGAAGAGUUCAGUAAGAAAAGAGCAAAUCAUAAUUCAAAUAAUGACUGUAGAGAAACCAAAGGAAAAACAGGUUGUAGUCAGACAAAUUCUAAAGGAGCUGAGAACUAUUCCCCUUCUAGAGAAAAAGUAGGAUUGAAAAAUGAUACAGUUCGAGCUGUUGAAGGUAAAGUUGGCCUGCAUAAAAUUGAAUCUGAGGUCACAUCACCAAGUAUUCUCCAGCCGGCACCUUCAAUGAGGCACAAACAAUCAGGCACCUGGCAGGAAAGGAGCACUAUAUUGUACUCAAAUGGGAAACCCCGCCCUAAGAGUGGUGCAGGUGGCAGUAAGUGUGCUAUGGUGGAUUUAACACAGGAUGACGCAGGGGCGGGGUCAGGCACGCCUUGUGGGACCAAAAGGAAGAGGGCAAGUUCUGAUGAAUCCGAGGUCACACAACGCACCACACUAUUCAAAGUCCCAUCUAGACCAGUACACAGGGAGACCAACACUGCAGAUGACACAUCAGCAAGCGUGCUCUUGCUGAGUGAUGGGGAGGAGGGGAGACUAGAGACUAGCUGUCAAGACAUGUUUGCUGACAGUGGGGUGGAGCCAUCAAGAGAUGGACAUCGCAGUGAUGAAAUACAGUCUCCUGAUGCUAUCAGAUUUGAAGAAGAAACAACUACAGGUCAUGUAAUCAAGACGUCCACUCCCGCUUCAGCAGCCUCCAAAUCUAACAAGGAUCAUUUCUUUGACUUGAAGGAUGAUCUCAUUGAAGACCUAGAGCCCCAGUCUCCUUCAAAGAAACCCAAGGAUCUUGGUUACAAGAAUAUCGAGGUGGUUCGGAGGAAAGACGAGCGUGCAAAGCUAAACGGCUACUCAUGUCGCGAAUGUGAACAGUACUACGGGUCCCUCAAUCUUCCCCAAGAGGAGCUCCAGAAGCGCUUAAAGCAAUGCUCGCGGCACCGUGCAAAAUACUCCCCACCCCCCUCCACACCGCCGGGUUUCUGGAACCUCAGCUUCCCCGAUACACAGGAAUACAUGGCUAAAGGCUGCCUGAAGACCGAGGAAGACGCCCCGGCCCAGCCCUCGCGCUAUCGGCAGCUGAAGAGCCGUAAGAGAAGGCCUCAACAGCCUGGGAAAAAGGGGAAUACUCGAAAAUAACAAUGUUCAAUGAAGAUGUAUAAAAAUGUAAAUAUUAAAUAUUUCUUAUAAAAUGCA